CAUUUGCUGCAUCGCCUGCAACUCGUGAAGCUCACACGGAUCAUCACCGUUCUUCUUCUCCAAUGGCUUCGUCAUACUUGCACCGCUUCUUCUUCUUCGUCGCUUUGCUUCUCUCUGAGGUGUGUGGAAACCGGGUGGGGGAUUCGGGGAAGUAUCCCUUGGUUGUGAGCACAUGGCCUUUCGUGGAGGCCGUGAGAGCUGCUUGGACAGCUGUCGACAAUGGUUUAUCGGCAGUGGACGCAGUCGUGGAGGGUUGCUCGGCCUGCGAGGAGUUGCGGUGUGAUGGUACAGUGGGACCAGGUGGAAGCCCUGAUGAGAAUGGGGAGACUACAAUAGACGCCCUUGUCAUGGAUGGGGUAACGAUGGAGGUUGGAGCUGUUGCUGCAAUGAAGUAUGUAAAAGAUGGCAUCAAAGCUGCUAGAUUGGUGAUGCAACAUACCCUACAUACUUUGCUUGUUGGAGAGCCAGCCUCAGCCUUUGCCAUUUCAAUGGGUCUUCCUGGACCAACGAACUUGAGUUCGCCGGAGUCUAUUAAUAAGUGGACAAAAUGGAAAGAAAGUCUUUGCCAACCUAAUUUUCGGAAAAAUGUUUUGUCUGUUGACAGUUGUGGCCCCUAUCAUCCUAAGGACACUGCAAAUACAUGUGCGCAAGCUAACCCCGUGGGAACCAUUGAGUCAAGUCCAUCCCGAGUUGGACUUCAUAGCCAUGAUACCAUAGCCAUGGCUGUAAUAGAUAAAAUGGGGUUCCUUGCGGUGGGCACAUCAACUAAUGGCGCCACAUUCAAAAUCCCUGGAAGGGUUGGCGACGGACCAAUUGCUGGAUCUUCAGCAUAUGCCGACAAUGAUGUUGGGGCUUGUGGGGCUACUGGGGACGGUGAUGUCAUGAUGCGUUUCCUGCCGUGCUAUCAAGUUGUUGAGAGUAUGAGACAAGGCAUGGAACCAAAACUUGCAGCUGAGAAUGCUAUCCUGCGAAUCGCUCAGAAGUAUCCAGAUUUUGUGGGAGCUGUUUUUGCUGUCAAUAAAGAAGGCGAGCAUGCUGGUGCUUGCCAUGGAUGGACAUUUCAGUACUCAGUGAGAAGUGUGGAAAUGGAUGAGGUGGAGAUUUUCACUGUUCGACCUUCCACUGUGAGCAUGUUCACUAAGUGAAAGCCUGAAUAUGCUUCCAUGUGAGAUUGUCCUUGCUGAUUAAUGUAAACCAAAAACCAGUAUCACACUGGUAUUAGAGCGUCCAUGGCCUGGCUUGGCUCAUAAAUGCCCGAGGAAGUUGCACUGUCCUUGCAUGUUCCCUUCCUUCCCAAGGUUCCAUUUGGCGUUGACAAGCGUGUAAUAUGAGCAUUUACAGUGGAGAAACUCAAUAACUUUGGUAGAUAUCUCACAUUGAUUAUUUCACUGUAUAGAAGCUCAGUAUGAUGCA